AUAUCCAUAAAAUCCUACCCAUUGAGGCGUUUGUGAAUUGCGAUCUGCAAAAUCUUCACCUCUUUCGUGCAAAAGGACAGCUAAACAAGGAAUUUCCAUGGCGGACUCUGUUCAGCAGCUCAAAUCCGCAAGCAUCUUCGAUCAGAUGAAGGCUCACAUCUCAUCUGAAGCCGGCAAAGAACUAAUCAAAAAGAUCGGCCUCGUCUAUCAGAUUAACAUUGCUCCUAAGAAACUUGGAAUCAAUGAGGAGGUUUAUACAGUCGAUCUGAAGAAAGGAGAAGUGAAGAAAGGGCCUUAUGAGGAUGGAAAACCUGAUGCAACAUUCUCCUUUACUGAUAAUGACUUUAUUAAAGUUGUAUCAGGGAAAAUGAACCCUCAGAUGGCUUUCAUGAGGGGAGCAAUGAAGGUGAAAGGUAGCUUGAGUGCAGCUCAGAAGUUUACCCCUGAUAUCUUCCCCAAGCCUUCGAAGCUUUGAACAAGGAAUCUAGGUCUUUAGUUCUUCCUUGAUACGAUGAAUCAAUUGCUGAUGAUUAUGUUUGGGUAUUAGGUAAUGAAGUUUGAUAAUUAUGUAUCCUUUGUUUAUGCAAAUAUGCAAUGUGGUAAUCAUAGGAUUCCAAUGACUUAAAAUAAAUAAAAUCUAUCAUCAUUUACCAUUGUUUAUUGCCUAUUCUUGAUUGAA